AUGCAUUUUCAGAACCUUCUUUGCAUUCUCAUCGCACACCAAGUAGCUGUGGCUACCACAACAUCAGCAAAGCCCGCUACUCCGUCAUCAGCAAAAGGCAAGGUGCCCAAGAUAGACAAAUGUGCAAGUGCUGCUUUGACAACUGAAUUUUCGGCUGGGUUCAAACAGCCUCACCCUCCAGUUAUUCAAGCCGAGUUCACAACUAGCUUUGUCCAGCACAAAUGGAACCAGAAGAUGUCAUCCAUAUCCACUGGCUUCAUACAUAAUUUGCCGUCGAAAGGCCUUAUCCUGGCUGAUCAAGUCGUCGAUGGGAUGUUAACAUCAUCGGUUUUCGAUUACAACAAUGUCACAUAUGAUGACAACGUGGACCAUACAAUGACCGCGUUUCAGAACGCAUCAAAAAGUCCCGUAGUCUGGAGGGGCUAUGAUGCCGUGAGCUUUCCUAUCCUAACAACCCAGAUGCUCGUAAAUGGGGACGCCGUCUUCAUUGGGCAAGUGACUAGAGAUUUUUCUGGUCGCGGAGUAGGCGUAAGUUCUUACUGA